CUCUUAUCUGGUAAAGCUAAAGGCUUUUUCUUCUACGCGUUCUUUUCUCUUUUUUCCGCUUUUAAAUCUGAGGGAAAUAAUUGAAUACCACCACAUCGAUCAUUCCCCUCUGCGGUUCCACCCAUCGAGCGGUUCCCUCAUGCUUGAAAUCGGAGCUUGGUUUCAUCAUUAGGAAUCGAGGAGAGAGAGAGAGAGGAGGGAGGGAUGGGAAGAAAAAGUGGAGUGGGGCGGUCGAAGGGGCUGAGGAGGGCUUAAGGUCUAUAUUUUUGUGCAGUCUGUUGACAAUCUCAAUUUGUAGUUACCUAUGAAAUUGAGCUCUCGGAGAUAUUGGAUUUGCUGUCUUGGUGGCCUGUGACUGCAUGACUUUAGUUUCUGAAAUUUUAAGUAAAGAAAAGCUUUAGAAUGGCAGAUUUUAGAGUUAGAAGGCUUGAACCGGGUCAGACAAAGAUCAGAAACGUUCCUAUUGCCGUGACUCCAGAAGGGUUCUGGUGUUGCCCUUCCCCUGCUGUGCUUCAGAAGACCCUCAAAAAUCAUAAUCAACAAAACAAACAAAAAGGGUCACCGCCACCAUCAAAGGCUCCUUCAGUUCAGAAGGCACCAAGUCUUGCAACAGAAAAGAGACAACUUCCUAACCAAUUAAGAUCUAGGGUUGUUUCUGAUGAUCAGAGAUGUAUGACCCCAGAUGCUUCUGCUGCAAGUCCGACAAAGGCUCCUGAGAGGCCACCAAAACCGAAUGGUGAGAACCAACAACGAAAGAUAAGUGUUGGCUUCGGCCAGCCAGAGACCAGUGAUUUGAAAGUCAUUUUGUUUGGAAAGGAAGGGAUUGCUGUAAGGAUGAGUGUUCACAGGAACAUUCUUGCAGAACAUAGCAUCUUCUUUGCAGAUAAGCUCUCUAGGCAGUCUCCAGUACCAUAUAUCGAAAUAAUGGACUGUGAGGAUGUGGAGAUUUAUGUCGAGACUGUGGGACUGAUGUACUGUAAAGAAAUGAAGCACAGACUGAUCAAGCAAAGUGUUCCACGUGUACUCCGCGUUCUAAGGGUUGCAGAAUCACUUGGCUACCGUUCAUGCGUCAAGUCAUGCCUAGAUUAUCUGGAAGCAGUCCCUUGGGUUGGAGAAGAAGAAGAAAAUGUGGUGAAAUCUAUCAGACAUCUUCAGAAUGAUGAUUAUGGUAUCAGUCCUAUACUGAAACGAGUAGCAUCAGAUAUCACCAAUCCUCCUAAUGAUACACUUGCUCAUAUAUUGGAGAUGGUCCUCAAAAGCACUGAGGAUCGUGGUCGGCGAGAGAUGAAAUCCUUAGUUUUGAAGCUUUUGAAGGAAAAUAAUCUUUGGACAAAUGGAUCUACAGACAUAUGCAUUGAAACUUUAUACAGUUCAUGCCGGAACUGCUUAGACUCACUGUUAGCUGUGUUCAGACAAGCAUCUGAACCUGGUUUUGCAGAAAGAUCUUUGGAAAUCAAAGAUCCUGUCGUCCGGCAUAUAGCUCUGGAGGCAGAUAAUCUUCUUUGGUUAGUUGAGAUUUUGGCUGACAGACAUAUAGCAGACGAGUUUGCAGUGAUGUGGGCUAGCCAGAAUGAGCUGGCUGAGUUACACUCAAAGCUACCAAUCAUGUCACGCCACCUCAUUAGCUGCAUUACAGCUAGGCUUUUUGUUGCGAUUGGAAGAGGGGAGAUGCUUCCAUCAAAGGACACUCGCCAGCUGCUGUUACAUGUUUGGUUGCAGCCACUUAUUGAUGACUACAGUUGGUUACAGCAUGGAUGUAGAUCAUUUGAUCGAAAGGUUGUGGAGGAAGGAAUUGGCCGUACAAUUCUGACACUUCCUUUGGAAGAUCAGCAGAAUAUUUUGCUCUCAUGGCUAGGAAGUUUCUUAAAGGUUGGUGAUAACUGCCCGAAUCUUCAGAGAGCCUUUGAGGUCUGGUGGAGGAGGACUUUUAUAAGGCCAUAUGUCGAACAGCAGGGAAACCUUGUGCAGUCAGAUAGAAGUUAACCUAGGAUUGGACUAAAAGAUAGAAAUGAGUGCAUUUUAUUUGUAGAAUGUCUGAAGUAGUGGAUGACAUGAGAGUGAAAGAAACUUUAUAUUGAGAUUUGAAGAUUGGAGAGGAAAAUGCUUUUUAAGAUUUUAAUGCAUGGUACACUGUUUCGGUGGUGGACAGUGACAGGUAUGUGUUCUGUUGCAUUGCACAGAAUUUUCGUUGAUUGGUGCUUUUGACUUUGUAAGGAAUGUGUUAAGUUCAUCUUUAUUUCUAUGCUCUAUAAAAAUAUCUUAAAAAUUCCUGACUAGCAAAA